CCCUCCUUCUCGCUCGCUCUCUCCCAUCCCCCCAAGCCAGUCGCUGUGCUGCGCAGCUCCCAUAGCGGUUGCCGCCGCCGGAGACGGUUGGGAGGACCGUUGUGGAGAGCGCUACACGAGGCGGGCGUCUGCUCCCUCCUCAGAUCGGACCCCGCGAGCACCGGAGUUGGCACUACUGUCGCCCGGCAGGGUAUCUGAAGUAAAAAGGGGCAUUAAAAUCAAACGGUAUUGAGAUGGAUUGGGUUAUGAAACAUAAUGGUCCAAAUGACGCUAGUGAUGGGACAGUACGACUUCGUGGACUGCCAUUUGGUUGCAGCAAAGAGGAAAUAGUUCAGUUCUUUCAAGGGUUGGAAAUCGUGCCAAAUGGGAUAACAUUGACGAUGGACUACCAGGGGAGAAGCACAGGGGAGGCCUUCGUGCAGUUUGCUUCAAAGGAGAUAGCAGAAAAUGCUCUGGGGAAACACAAGGAAAGAAUAGGGCACAGGUAUAUUGAGAUCUUCAGAAGUAGCAGGAGUGAAAUCAAAGGAUUUUAUGAUCCUCCAAGAAGAUUGCUGGGACAGCGACCGGGACCAUAUGAUAGACCAAUAGGAGGAAGAGGGGGUUAUUAUGGAGCUGGGCGUGGAAGUAUGUAUGACAGAAUGCGACGAGGAGGUGAUGGAUAUGAUGGUGGUUAUGGAGGUUUUGAUGACUAUGGUGGCUAUAAUAAUUAUGGCUAUGGAAAUGAUGGCUUUGAUGACAGAAUGAGAGAUGGAAGAGGUAUGGGAGGGCAUGGCUAUGGUGGAGCUGGUGACGCAAGUUCAGGUUUUCAUGGUGGUCAUUUCGUACAUAUGAGAGGAUUACCUUUUCGUGCAACUGAAAAUGACAUUGCUAAUUUCUUCUCACCACUAAAUCCAAUACGAGUUCAUAUUGAUAUUGGAGCUGAUGGCAGAGCAACAGGAGAAGCUGAUGUAGAGUUUGUGACACAUGAAGAUGCAGUAGCUGCCAUGUCUAAAGAUAAGAAUAACAUGCAACAUCGAUACAUUGAACUCUUUUUGAAUUCCACUCCUGGAGGCGGCUCUGGAAUGGGAGGUUCUGGAAUGGGAGGCUAUGGCAGAGAUGGAAUGGAUAAUCAAGGCGCUUAUGGGUCAGUUGGAAGAAUGGGAAUGGGGAACAAUUACAGUGGUGGAUAUGGCACUCCUGAUGGCUUAGGUGGUUAUGGUCGUGGUGGUGGUGGCAGUGGAGGUUACUAUGGCCAAGGUGGCAUGAGUGGAGGUGGAUGGCGUGGGAUGUAUUAAAGCAAAACCAUCAACAUAAGUCCUGACAACAGCAUCUGGUCUACUAGACUUUCUUACAGAUAUAAUUUCUUUUGUAUUUUAAGAACUUUAUAAUGACUGAAGGAAUGUGUUUUCAAAAUAUUAUUUGGUAAAGCAACAGAUUGUGAUGGGAAAUCUGUUUUCUGUAGGUUUUAUUUGUUGCAUACUUUGACUUAAAAUAAAUUUUUAUAUUCAAACCAC